AUGGUUCACCGGGCGAUCCUGGGCUCAAUGGAGCGGUUCCUGGGCGUGCUGAUCGAGCACUACGGCGGCGCGUUCCCCGUCUGGCUGGCGCCGGUGCAGGCGGUGGUCAUCCCCAUCGCCGACCGGCACACGGAGUACGCAGACAGCGUCCUGUCAACGCUGGCCGGCGGGGGCUUCCGGUCGGAAGUCGACAGCCGCAAUGAGCGGAUGAACCAGAAGAUCCGCACCGCCCAGAUGCAGAAGGUGCCCUACAUGCUGGUGGUUGGAGACCGCGAGGCAGAGGCCGGCGCCGUUGCCGUCCGCAGCCGCGAAGGCGGCGACCUCGGCGCGAUGCCACUGGCGGAGUUCAUGGAGAUGCUGGCCGGGGAACGAGGGUGA